AUGCAUAUAUUAAGAUUAUCAAAAUCUAUUGCAAUCAUUAAGAAUAGUUUUGUUGGACACAAACUCUGUAAUCACUUUCAUAAUAACAAAGCUGUUAUUAAAAAACGAUUUUUUUAUAAAAAAGAUAAUGUAUCAUCGGAGUAUGAGCUUAUAUACCGGGCGCCAAUGGAAACGUAUAUUUCAAUUGCUAAGAAUAUAUCUACAGUAACAGCAACAAUUAUUUCGUCUGCAGCAAUAUACUCAGUAACAAAUGAGUAUAAAAUUACAACACCUAGUUUCGAAUCUAUGGGUUUAGUAUCGCAUCCGAAUGAUCUUUGGUAUUUUUCGUUUGGCUUUAUAGCUGUGACAAUGGUAAUACGACUUUUUAUUGCAAAAUAUCCUUUACGCAUUUAUGGCGGGAUCGACAAAUAUAUUGCUGUUUAUGAACCGCAAUUACCAUUUCAUUCAUCUAAACAUGUGUUUAAUAAGGGGGACGUGGAAGAAGUAUUUAGUAGAUUUAACCCAUGGAACAAUUGUACAUACCGUUUGGGAAACAAAACAUCGCUUUUAUUAAAUCGAUAUUUUAGAACACCAGCAGAUUACAAUCAAAUGCUGGGAUAUUAUUGAAACGUAAAUUGUCUUUAAAAUUGCUUUAAAUGAAAUAAUUUAUAAGUGUUAAGAUAUGAAAGUACUCCAAAUAUUACACGGUUAUUUUUAUAAUAAUAAAUUAUUUUUAUUUUGUUUCCUUUUAAUUUACAUUUUCUUCCAAUAACCUCCACAAUGACAAUAUAACCAUCUUUGGCACCAUGCUUUCAUUGCAGAUGUUUUUGAUACAUUUAGUAAACAAUUUAUUAAUCCACAUCUUAUACAGUGUCUAAGUGCACUAACUUUUGCUCCCAAAUGCAGAUUACUAACUCCAUCUUUCAAAUCGCUAAUAAAUACAACUUCCUCGUAGUUAACGUCCUUCAGCCAACUUGGUUCCUUAGAUGCAACAAAUAUAAAUGGAUAUGAUUUGUAAAGCGACAGAUGAUUAUUUAAUAAUGUUGCUGGAUUGUUAAAUUGUUUUUGAGGAAUGAGGACUUGAGUAGAUAAAAGACUGCAUUCGUCUAAUAAAAAGUCAUCUGGUUCUGCAGUAUUUUGGGCCAAACGUGUUAGAAGUCUAAAUAAAGUCGCUAAAACGUCAAUGUUUUCCACAGAUUUUGUAUAUGUCGGUAGACAGUGAGGAUUUAAGAGGCACCAUAUUCGUGUCAUUACCAAUAGUUCUCUUAUGCUGCUAAUAGCUACGCUGUCUCUGCUUAUGUCGUAUCCUUGUUUUUUACUCAUCUUCGCUUUAAUAACUUCAUUUGAUAGCUUUUUCAGAAUAUUUAAUGCUAAAUCAGAUACCCAUUGUAUGAGUUGUUGUAAACUUUGUAGUGUUAGUUUUUUUUAUAAAUGUAUUAUCGUACUUCACUAUAUACAUAUGUAAACGUAUUGAAUAUUUGAACAAUUUUUACUAUCUGGCUGGAGGAAGAGUGGCAAAUGUCAAAUACCCCGAGCGGCCUGGAAGUGUAAGCUGCGCACAUUAUGUGAGGACUAUUUUGGUUUCUUUAGGAGAUUUGGAAGAUCUGUUCUCUCAUUAAUUUCAUUAGUACUAGAUUCGUCCAUUUUCUGGGAGGAGGGUUUCUAUAAAAUAUAAAGUAAAAUUAGAAUUUUUACAAAAUAAAAGUUGGUAAUAAUUACCUUAUUUUUCAAGAAUUCUAAAUCUAACACUGGCAACGUUCUAGUCUUAACAUCCAUGCUCUUGCUGUAGUAUUUCCAUGGAACUAAUUUCGGUGAAUCCAUGUCCUUGUAAAGCGAUACAACAACGUUAUGAAUCCUCAAUACAAGGUGAAAAUUAAUCAAAAAAGUCCUCCUAAUUAAACAUAUAAGAAGUUUUUAAAUUUUUAUGAUCACUAAGAUUCACUUAAAUUUACCCUCUGAUUUCUAUGUUUCAGUUGCUGGUAUGGCCAACUGAGGUUCCGGUAAGUGCAAAAAUACUGCAUAGCUCAUUGGCAAUGCCCAGUUGACACACGUCGCGAUGAUAAACGGUUUCAAAAUCACCUAAACCAUGUCG